AUGGCUCUGCUGAAGGUUCUGCUGCUGCUGCUGGGGCUGGGUGUUUCAGUGAACUUUGCUGUUUCUCUGCAGAAGAGAAUAAUUGGAGGUCAUAACUGUGCUGACACGGAGCGUCAAUAUCAUGUUCGGCUGGAAGUGACGAACGGGCAGACAACAACCAUCUGUGGAGGAUCUCUGAUCCACCCUAAGUGGAUCCUGACUGCAGAUACCUGCUGGAAGACGGAGACAGGGUGGUUUACCAGAGCAAUUAUAAAAGUUCAUCCACGGACUGCUAUACUGGGCAUUUUCGAUAUACAAGGAGGUCCAGUGGUUUAUAAUCCUGACGGCUGGCGUCAUGACAUCAUAUUGCUGAAGCUUCAGAGACAAGUAAAUGAUGUCCCACUUGCUCAGCUCCCAGACUGCACUUAUCGUCUUAAAAAGGACGAUAUUGUUCAGCUUGCAGGAGAGGGAGCAACGACAACCGGCCCCAAUAAUCUGCAUUUAUCCAAUGUUGCUCCUGCAACACAUCUUCAGUGUGUUGACAUGAAAGUUGUUGAGGCUCACAAUUUCCUGCUGCCAUAUGGGCGUUUAUUCUCUGCUUCAGCACCGAACAAGGAUGUGUGUUAUGGUGACGCUGGUUCAGCAGCGGUGUUCAACGGCAAGAUUUAUGGUGUGAUUUCUCCAGGCGUACCAGUCUCUGCAUGUGAGCAGCCAGUUUUAAUCAUGGAUGUGUGUGAAUACAUCGGGUGGAUAAGAGCAAGGACUGGCCUUAAAUAAAACAUAAACUAUCAUGAAAUAAAAUUCUCGUCAAAUUUCCUCUCAGAUAUAAUUUCAUUAUUGUAUCUUGAUCAGUUUGAUCCACAUGUUUGUAGAAUUAGAAUAAAUCAAUAGUUUUGUUUUUUUCUCAUCUAACCUUGAUUUCCCUAAUGGAUCUUUCUCUGUCUCAAAAAUGAAUCAAUAAAUG